AUGGGCAUGGCGACGAGGUGCAUCCUGCUCCUCCUCUCCAUCUCCGUCGUGUUCCUGCUGUUCAACUUCGAGGUCCUUGAGGGGGCUCUCCAUCUAGCAGGCCACGACGAUACUUGGAUCGAUGGCAGCACGGCCACGACCCAUGACAUCGUCGACCGUUUUGGUUUCCUCCCCAGGUUCAGGAUGCUGAUUGCUAGAAGUUCAGUGCGCAGAUUGGGAGGUGGCCGCCACCAUACCAGGCCCCCCAAAGCCGCCAUUGUUGCUCUGGCAGUGGUUGGGGCAUGCCUGCUUGCUCUUGGAGUCGCCAUAGCAGCAAUGUCGCUCAGAAGAUCAAGGAAGUUACGGAAGGGGUGCUCAAAGCCGUUCAAACUGUUUUGCCAUGGUUCAAGAGCCCAGAGGUCACCUUCUGCCACCAGAAAGGUCAGUUCUCACCCAAGCCCAGAUCCACUCUACCUAAGUUCUGUCGUACAAUGCCACGAGAACUAUCCGAUCCUUAAACAAUCUUCUGAGUCCAAGAGCCUAUCCAUUAUCAGCACCUCCUCAAAGAGCAUAGAAUUAAUCACAAGUGAUCAUACUGUGAGAAUUCAGAACUCCACGCAGUCUGAUGAAGCCGAGUCUUUCCAUUCCAUACCUUGUUCUCCUUCAUCAACUGGUUCCAUCACCGAGUUACCGCUGCAUAUCCGUGACAAAACUAUGACCAGUCCAUUUCCAUCGUCUCCACAUACAGAUAAUUCACCAUCUAAUUGUUCAUAUCGAUCGUUUUCACCAGAUUAUAAAUCUCACUUGCCUCCAAAGAGUCCACUACCUACCGCUUCCAAUCACUUCAGUGUGCAUGGCACUUCUCAGUCCCCUUCAGAAGAAUUAGACGCAGAAAAACCUGAAGUAAACCAUCAAGUCAUGGUAAAAACAAAUGAUGUUUCUGGGUUGAUGGAGCGUCAUGAAGCUCCAAAAGAAGCGCAGGCAAAUUCCAAGUUCUGUAAUCCACCAGAAACCAAUUCGCCUUCCUAUCACAAGGAUGCCUCUUUCUAUCACAUGGAUGCGUCUGCCUCCAGACCAACCAUACCAUCCACCAUGUCAAACACUAAGGAAUCCACAGCAAGUUCAACCGAGGGAGCAAAACAUCAAAUGCCUAGUGCAAUGACUGUACCGAUAUCACCACCACCACCUCCGCCGCCAAAAAGAUCUCCCCCAAGUCUGGCCUGGAAGAACUCUGGACAGCCACCACUACCACCUGCGUUACCACUUCAGAUACAUGUUGGUAAAGACGGGUCCCCUCUUCCAAAGUUGAAACCUUUGCACUGGGACAAAGUAAGAGCAGCCCCAAACCGCUCCAUGGUGUGGAAUGAUAUAAGAUCAAAUUCCUUUGAAUUCGAAUUUGAUGAGCAGAUGAUCAAGUCUUUGUUUGCAUACAACUUUCAAGGCUUAGUGAAAGAUGAAGACGCCACCAGCAGGACUUUACCUACCACUAAACAUGUCAUUGAACAUCACCGACUUCAGAAUACUACCAUCUUAUUGAAGACCUUAAAUGCAACCACGGAACAAGUUCACAAUGCUAUAGCACAAGGAACGGGAUUAUCCGUACAACAACUGGAGGCGCUUGUCAAGAUGAAACCUACCAAGGAAGAAGAGGAAAAACUACUGGUCUAUGAUGACGAUAUCGACAUGCUAGAUCCAGCGGAGAAAUUUGUCAAGUUACUACUAGCUAUACCAUUGGCAUUCCAAAGAAUGGAGGUUAUGCUCUACAAGGAAACUUUUGAUGAUGAGGUGGUUCAUAUCAAAAUGUCCUUUGCAAUGAUUGAAGGAGCUUGCACUGAACUCAGGUCAAGCAAGCUGUUAUUAAGACUACUUGAAGCAGUACUCAAGACAGGGAACAGGAUGAAUAUUGGAACACUAAGAGGUGGUGCAAAUGCUUUCAGAUUGGACGCGUUGCUGAAAUUGGCAGAUGUACGUGGGGCUGAUGGAAAGACAACCCUUCUGCAUUUUGUACUUCUAGAGUUGGCCCGUUCCAAAGGAUCAAAGGCUGCAGAGAAGCUCGGUGAAACCCCCAGGUCUUGCCACGCCACACUAGCAGAACGGGAAGAAUAUUGCAAAACAGGUACAGAAUUCGUCUCUGAGCUAAGUAACGAGCUAGGCAAUGUCAAAAAGGUAGCAAGCAUAGACUUGGAUACUAUGAUGAAGUCAAUUUCAAACCUAUCACGUGGACUGGCUCAACUAAGAGAUCUCAUUGAGAAGGACCUGCCCAGAAAUGACAAGAACAAGGAAUUCCUGCAAUACAUGACAACCUUCCUAAAUUAUGCAGAAAACACUAUGCAAGAGCUUGAAGUUGGCAAAGCUCAAGUCUUGCACCAUGUUGGGGAGCUAACAGAGUACUAUCACGGUGAGGUUGGCAAGGAUGAGCCCAACCUGCUCCACAUAUUUGUCAUCAUAAAAGAUUUUCUUGGUUUGCUGCAUAGGGUAUGCCGUGAGAUGAGGGGCAAAAAACAAAAUCAACCUCUCAACCCACUGAGGUGA